AUGGCUUGCAGGACGACACCUGAGGAAUGGAAACAUGCAAUUACGAAGUUGAAGCAAUCCAGAUUAUCCAAAAUGGAAAAAUCGGUAUAUCCGCUUUUAAAACUCAGUUAUGAUUAUCUGGUUCCCACAAUGAAAUGUUGCCUCCUAUAUUGUUGUCUGUAUCCUGAAGAUUAUCCUAUUCCCACAAAGACAUUAGUGGAGUAUUGGUUUUGUGAAGGGCUGUUUGAAUCAGAUAAAAUUAGUGAAGCCCAGAUGGAAGGAGAUCACAUUAUCAACUCUCUUCUUAGGGCUUCUUUAUUGGAAAGAGUGGAUGAAUCAUUUUUUGGAGAAGAAUGUGUGAAGAUGCAUGAUGUGAUCCGAGACAUGGGUUUGUGGAUAGCAUGCGAGCCUGAAGAGGAAGAGAAAGAGAAGAGUUUCUUUGUAAAAGCAGGGGCUCAAUUACUAGAGGAGCCAGAUGUUAAGGCAUGGGAAGGUGCAAAAAGAAUGUCGGUGAUGCAAAAUCAGAUUGAAGAUCUCGGAGGAACCCCUAAAUGCCCUAACCUUAAGACUUUGUUUCUUAGCCAAAAUAAGCUGCAGGUGAUCAAUGAUGAGAUGGAAGAAAUACUGAGCGAGGGAAGACUCAGAGAUGUUGCAGAUGAGGUGGGAAAUCCAUACCCUACACCAUUUCUGAACCUUCAAACACUUUAUUUACUCUUCCUACCAGAAUUGAAGAGCAUAUACUGGGAUGCCUUACCCUUCCCAUGUCUGAAACGUAUUUAUAUAGAGGACUGUCCUAAACUGAAGAAGUUUCCUCUCAACUCUGACAGUGCAAAAGGGUAUCACAUCACCAUUAAGGGAGAAAGAGACUGGUGGGAACAGCUAGAAUGGGAGAAUGAAGCCACUCGAAAUGCUUUUAUGCCAUCUUUUCAAGAGCCUUUUUACAGAAGAAAUCAAUUGUGA